UUAUCAUUUUCUCCCUGUAAUUCUGUAACACACAACAUUAUAAGGUCAAGUUCUGAAAUUUUAUUUUUCAACGAUAUAGCAUUCACGUUUUUAAAAUGCAGCAUAAUUCUUUAUAACGGAUAGCACUUCUUUUAUGUAUAUUUUCGUUGGGUUACCUGUCUUAUGAAAACAACCAAUGAAUAUGUUACAGGACUUGGGUUAAGUGUAUACAGCCACUUGUAGCACAAGUGUUCUGGACUUCUGGUAAAUGAGCUCGUAAAUUCUCUGCGAUGAAAGAAAUGUCGCAACAAAAGAACCUGAACAGCUGGGCCCAAAAUGUGUUUCAGUCUGUUCGGGCACGGCAUUUUUUUAGUUGUCCUCGGUGAAGCAGCGCGGGCUCUCCUUCCAUGUGCUUGAAAAGUGUUAACAAUCUGUUGUGUAAUCGAAAAUUCUAAAUAAAAAGUGAGAUUUUGAAUAUCAUUUAAAAAAUUUUUGAGAAAUGUUCCUUAAAGAUAACAUUCGAUGGUCAGAGAAAACUGAAACCGCUAUGGAAAUUAAUCAAGUUGGCAGUCGUCUGUCGUCACUGAAUUGUAUUAGGAUUUUGCUGUUAUUUUUAGUCAUCAACGCACUUUUCGGGAUUGCGCUCUUUGGAAACCACGACACAAGUGUGAAUGUACGGCAGUUUUACUCGUCCAUAGACAAAUCGGUUUCCGAUUUUUUAUCGAGAGUAACAUAUCGUGGAAACAAAACUAUUUUGAUAUGGAACAGUGCACAUCGGAUCGAAACGGCCGCAUUUGGACUUGGUUACCAGCCCUUCAUUCAACAUGGAUGCGAAGUUUCUGACUGCGUCGUUUUCGACAAUGCAACGACACCAGAAUUAUUGCCUCUCGAAGAUUACGAUGCAAUCAUUAUUCACAUGCAUGAGCUCUGGUUAACACAACUACCAGAAUUUAAGAGACAACCUCAUCAGCGCUUAAUUUUUUUAACACAGGAAUCGCCUACCACCAUGCCAAUCGACAUAACUAUAUUGGGUAAUUACUUCAACUGGACCAUGAGUUACAGAUUUAAUUCGGAUGUUCAAUUACUCUACGGUAGAGUUUCACCGCGUCCGACAGCACCCACAACUGCAGACGAAACACGAAAAAUGAUUGAGGAAACGCAUCUUUCAUCAACCAAAAACUACGCUGCCAACAAGACCCAGCCAGUCGGUUGGAUGGUGUCUCAUUGUGAUACUAACAGUUUGCGAGAGACUUAUGUUCGUCAGCUUAGUAAAUUUAUUCCGGUUGAUGUUUACGGCGGAUGCGGCAAUUUGAGUUGUUCCAGGAAUCAUGACCAUUGGUUGUCUUAUCCGGAAUGUUACACCAUGCUGGAGGAGAAAUACAAAUUCUAUUUGUCGUUCGAAAAUUCAAUCUGCACCGAUUACGCCACGGAAAAAUUCUUUGAGAUUCUGAAGCACAAUAUCGUGCCGGUCGUCUACGGAGGGGCCAACUAUAGCCAGAUCGCACCACCCCAUUCUUACAUUGACGCACUGGAUUUUACUCCGGAGAAAUUGGCCGUGUACCUGAAACUUGUUGAUUCCAACGACACGCUCUACAAUGAGUAUUUCUGGUGGAAGGAUCACUAUGAGGUUGAGGCUGGAGUGGAUCAAAUGGCUAGCCACGGUUUCUGCGACUUGUGCAAGAAACUUUACCAAGAUCAAGGCGUUACCAAAUACUACCACGAGUUAGUAUCAGAGUGGGAUCCGGAAACUAAGUGUAAGCAGAUGAGUUCUUGGGAAAAAAAUUGAUGAGAUAUCCAAUACAAAUCUAAAUACGUCAA